GCAUCUCUCUCUCUCUCUCUGUUAUUGAUUCACUCCUUUCAACCACCAACGGCUCAAUGUACACACUCCUCUUCCCUUCUAAUUCGAACGCCUAUAUGUAGGCAUUAAUUGUGUACACACAUAUAGACAGACAAACAAUAAAAAUACAAAUGAUGAUGGGAAGUUGAAUAUCAGAAGAAAUUAAAGAGCGUGUAAUUAAGGCAUGAAGAAGAAGGGGUUGAUUGUGGGAGCAGGAGGAAUAUCGUGGUUCGCGUGGAAGCUGUUGAUUGUGGUUUUCCUUACUCUCACCAUUGUUCUCUGCAUGUUGGCUUUUCUUAGGCUCCAGCGAUUCCCUCCUUCACACUCCCAAAAUCCUUCUUCUUCAGUUUCUCGUAGAUUUCUCCAUCCCAAUUGGGAUUCCAUUAGUUUUCGAGGCCAUCCCAAAGUUGCUUUUCUCUUUCUAGCCCGACGUAAUUUGCCCCUCGAUUUCCUUUGGAAAUCUUUCUUCGAGAAUGCUGAGGCUGAUAAAUUUUCAAUAUAUAUACAUUCGGAGCCUGGUUUUGUGUUUAACGAGUCUACCACAAGGUCAUCUUUCUUUCAUGAUCGCCAAUUGAAUAAUAGCAUCAAGGUAGCUUGGGGAGAAGCAAGUAUGAUUGAAGCAGAGAGAUUGUUACUUGAACAAGCUCUUAAGGAUCCAGCCAAUAGAAGAUUUGUGCUAUUGUCCGAGAGCUGCGUCCCGUUGUACAGCUUUAGCUAUAUAUACAACUAUUUGAGGGCUUCUCCUAGGAGUUUUGUAGACAGCUUUCUCGAUAAAAAGGAGCGCCGCUACAACCCAAAUAUGUCACCAUAUAUACCUAUGAGCAAAUGGAGGAAAGGAUCACAGUGGAUCACUUUAAUCAGGAGGCAUGCAGAAGUCAUUGCAGACGAUGAUGUUGUCUUUCCAGUUUUCAAGAUGUUCUGCAAGCGAAGUCACAACUGCAUUCCAGAUGAACAUUACGUGCAGACAUUAUUGGCAAUGCAUGACAUUGAAGGAGAACUGGAACGUAGAACGAUUACCUAUACAGAGUGGAAUCAAUCUGCGACAAACAUGGACAAAAGUAGUUGGCAUCCUGUGACAUUUAGCUAUGCAGAUGCAGGGGCUGAACAGAUCAAGAGAAUAAAGGAUAUCGACAAUGUUUACUAUGAAACUGAGUACAGAACGGAGUGGUGCCAUAAUAAUUCCACACAGGUUCCCUGUUUUUUGUUUGCAAGGAAAUUCUCAAGAGGAGCAGCAAUGCGUCUGUUGAGUGAAGGAGUAAUUUCUCAGUUUGAUGCCUCUGCUAUGAUGGACCCAACGCCAUGAUUUUGCUUUGUAUUAUAGGCCAGUAGACCUUGAGAUCUUAAUACAUAAGGGUGAUCAUCAAUACUAGAAAGCGAAAAAAGUUUUGAUAGUGUUACUGUUCAGUACUUCAGCCUUUUAGAAUUUGGGAACAUAAAGUGGAAGUUGUUCCUUGGUUUGGUUCAUGUAAGGCUUCCCGUUGUAGAUAUUAAAAAGUUACUUCAUACUGAUGCAUGAUUCAAGCUGCCUAAAAUUGAAAGGUUU